CUCAGUCAGUCAGGCAGCCCUGGCCUCCAGCCUUGGCCAGUCAGCCUUCCCUCCCUUCCCACCAUAAUCAGUUCUCUGCGCGUUCCGAACCGCUAUGUCCGCCAUUUCCAAAUGAUCCACCGAUUUUAGAUCAAAAUCCGUCCCGACUCCCGCCGCAACAUAUUUCUUAGACGUCAGCGUGCGGCUUCUGCGGUCGCGCUGUUGAAUCGUUAGCGGGGCUUUCGUCGUCCCGUCGUACGGAUUUCGUUAGCCUUCGCCAGCCGUCGCCAUGGUUCGCCUGACAGCGGAUCUCAUCCUCGAAUCGCCGCAGUAUUUCAACGCGGUGCGGGAGCGAGAGAUUGACCUGAGAGGGAAUAAAAUCGCAGUCAUUGAGAAUCUCGGCGCUACAGAGGAUCUGUUUGACAGCAUAGACCUGUCGGACAACGAGAUCGUGAAGCUGGAGGGCUUUCCUCUGCUGCGGCGGCUGUCCACUCUGCUGCUCUGCAACAACCGCAUCACACGCAUCAGCCCCCAGCUAGGUACCCAUCUGCCCAAGCUGCAAACUCUUGUUCUGGCCAACAACCGCAUCACCAACCUCGCAGAUCUGGACCCUUUGGCAUCGCUGGGGCAUUCUCUGACCUCCCUCUCGCUCAUCGACAACACGGUUGUCAAGAAGCCCAAGUACAGGCUGUACGCCAUCCACCUUCUGCCAAAACUCCGGCUCUUGGACUUCCAAAAGGUCAAGCUGAAGGAGAGGCAAGAAGCAGAAUCCACAUUCGGCAAGGACAAGGCAGCAGCAGCAGCAGCCAAGCGCGUGUCAGCAAACACGUUUGUUCCUGGGGAGGCUCUAGCAGACGCAGGGGGGCCAGGGCAAGGAGGGGCUGCAGCUGCAGCAGCAGUUGGUGGUGAGAAGGAGGGCGGGGGGGAAGGGCCGGGUGCUGCAGCGUCAGCAGCGGCAGCAGCAGCCAAACAGGGGCCAACACCAGAACAGAUCACAGCAAUCAAGGCGGCCAUCAGCACGGCUCAGACGCUGGAGGAGGUUGCUCGGCUCGAGAAGGCUCUGCAAUCUGGUCAAUUGCCAUCCGAUAUCAAGGUGCCUGCAGCAGAUACAGACAAAACAAGUCAACCCAUGGAAGCGGAUUAAUCGCACACGCUUCCAAGUCUUGAGAUGGCUCAUUUUGUGACAAACAGCCAGCCUUAAUCGUUAAGUCCAACUCUUCUCUCAUACUACACACACAGCAUCAUUUGAUUAAGCCACUGUUACGACGGUACUAAACCGGAGCCCCAGUGCAUUACUGUACUGGUAUUUGCACCUACCGCUACCGUACUUUUCUUUGACAACCUAUUGAAGGAGCCUGCCUGAUCAGAUGGAGGCACCUCUGGAUUAAAUAACAUGGCUAUUUUGCACGAACAGCGGACAUGGCACUCGCCUGAGACAGUUGGAAAGGUAGACACCC